AUGAUAACGGCUCGGCGCGAAACGCCAUUCCGGUUUACCGGCGACUUCGACUUCGGGCAGCGCCUCCUGCGGCUGACUGCCUAUGGCCGUUCACCUCAAUCCUUCUGCGCUCGCGACCUUGGUCCUGCUGCUCUUGGGCGAGGGGGCGGUCGAUCUUCCCCCGCCACCGUCGGGAGCCCUCGCACGCGUGGCGGCCUUUUCGCGCGAAGACAAGUGCGCGGAAGGGGGCACGGCGAGGCGGUCUCGGAGCAGCCACUGAAAGGGAAAGGAGAAGCCGCUUUGUUCAGCCCGCCCGAGGACCGCACGAUGCCGGGGAAGAGCAACAACGGAAGCUCCAAGGACAGCGACCGCUGGAAGGUGAAGGCGAUUCCGUUUCCCCCGUCGGCGGAGAGGAGGGACACGGGCUUCCGGGAAUACCAGCCCGGCGUGCUGUAUCCGCGCUCGGGAGGCAGCAGCCCGACUUCACCGCAGCCCACUCAAGGCGGAUGGAAAUACUCAUGAAGUUUGGACUGAGCUUGCAGAAAGGGACCAGCUCUUGUGGUACCGGGGAUUCUUCAAGCCCAACAGACAGUCACCGUGUGCUAUACUCAUCGCCCUGUUUUGUACUGUAUAUAUAAUGUCGAGAGUGCACUCUUUCAA